CUUUCUUUCCUUUUAUUCCUCUCUCAUUCUCGCCCUCUAAGCCUUAAGAGCAUUAGAAAGUAAGAAGAAGACGACCUCAAAAACAGAACAUGUCGAGCAGAAGGAGCAGAAUAACAGAGGAUGAGAUCAAUGAGCUCAUCUCGAAGCUCCAAUCCCUCCUCCCUGAGUCCCGGCGCCGCUCUGUAGGCCGGGCCUCGGCAGCAAAGCUACUCAAAGAGACCUGCAACUAUAUCAAAAGCUUGCAUCGGGAGGUGGACGACCUGAGCGACCGGCUGUCCGGGCUGAUGGCCACCAUGGACACCAACAGCGCCGAGGCGGAAAUCGUGCGCAGCCUCCUCCAAUCUUGAACUUCGGAGCGCUCUCUUCUGGAUAACUUAACUAGGUUUUAAUAAUUAAGUAGUUAGAAGCAAGGAACUUGAGGUUCCGGCUAAUGAUUCCAUUGUACAUUUUCAUUUCGGGGUUUAGCUCGAGUUGUUCUCUCUUCUCCCCCACCGCCAUGUGACGGCAACCGAGCAACCUCUUAAUUUCCCCACUACUACUUGUAUUUUACAUAAAUCAAUGUAGACUGCUUUGACCGGUCUUCUCCAUGAUGGUUUACGGUCUAUUAA